ACCGUCCACCUGUUGUCGGAUCAGCGAAUUCGAAUUUAGAAAGUUCAUACUUUUUUUUUAUUCCGGCUUUAAGUUGUACAAGGUUGUGGAUUCAUUCAGCCAGUCGGCGUUUGUGUGUCAGUGAGUGUAGACGUCGCUUUAAUAACGUGUGUGUACGUUACUUAUAUCGCUUUUUGGAAUUUGAUUUGUCUUCAACAAAAAGGAAUAUAAUUCAAAUUGUAGAGAGCGCUGGUGCGCAAAAAUGGCGGCGACAAAAUACUCACAUCCUUUCCUCAAUGGACUGAAGCCUAUAGUAGAAGGGCGCGACGAAGAAAUACAGCAAAUCAAGGAGUGGAUGAAGAGUCAACCUCAUUUGCCGUACAUAUCCGAUGAGUACGUGUUAUUGUUUCUCCACUCAAAUUACUUCAAAGUGAAAGAGACAAAAGACACAAUUGAAUGCUACUUCACGCUGCGCAACAAUACACCAGACCUCUUCAGCAAUCGGGAUCCGCUAUCGCCAAAGAACAAAACCAUUCUGGAUAUCACGCAUAUGGUGGCUCUACCAAAGCAGACGGAGGAAGGUUACCACGUCCUUCUGUAUCGGUUAUCAGACCUAGACUACAGCAAGUUGAAUUUCGCGGACGCGGUGCGAGUGUUCUGCAUGUUUAACGAUGUGAAGUUGUCCGAGGAUCGGCUGUCGGAAGGCUACGUAGUGAUCUUCGAUAUGAAGGGCUGCAAUCUAGGACACCUAACGAGAGUCACGUUACCCGCUUUGAGGGCUUUCAUGCAUUACAUUCAGAGUGCUCAUCCUUGUCGAUUGAAGAAGAUCCACGUGGUGCAUACUGUGUCUUUCAUCAACCAAGUGAUGUAUCUUAUAAAACCAUUGAUACAUUCCAAUCUUCUAGACCUUCUUAACUUUACUUCUGAAGGACCAGAAGCGAUUGUUGAUAAAGAACUUUUGCCAGAAGACUAUGGUGGCCCAGCUCCCCCGGUGAAGCAAUUACAUGAAGAACAGAGAAGGAAUAUGGAAGAGAACUAUAGAGAAUGGUUGAUAGAGUCGGAGAUCUUUAAGGUUGAUGAAAAGAAGAGAAUUAAGAAGCCAAGUAAGGGAAUGUUUGCCAGCUUUACGAGCAGCUUUAAAAGUCUUGAUAUUGAUUGAUGAUUUGUUAAUUUUUAGAAUUAAAUCAUAAAUAGUAAAUGUUUGGCUGGCUAUGUUAUAAAUUUUUAAAGAAAAAUUUUACUGUCAAUUUCACGGUGAGUUUUCAUUGCUGCACACGUUUAUAAAAACAUUUUCUCGUCCCACUCAUUCUCUAUGUUGAAAAUAAGUUAUAUUUGUAACACUUUGUGAAGUUAACUUAAAAGUUAAUCCGUUAAGCACAUUAUUAACUUCGUUAAUUAACGAUUGACGGAUAAACGAUUUAAUGCCCACCUUCGAA